AAAAACACGGGCACCGCGCGGCGCGGGUGCGGGGUGCGGAGCGCGACAACGACGCGCGCGACGUGCGCCGUGAUGGCGCCCUCGCACUCGCCCUCGCGGUCCUCCUCCUCGGCCGCCGCCGCCACCUCGGCCUCCACGCCCCGGGUCCCAGGGCGGCAGCCGCAGCAGCAGGCUCGCGGCGCGGCGGCGGCGGCGGCGGGGGCGGGGGCGGGGGCGGCGUCCCCGGUGUACCUGAACGUGUACGACGUCACCCCGGCCAACGGCUACGCGCGGUGGCUCGGCCUCGGCGUCUACCACUCCGGCGUCCAAGUUCAUGGGGUGGAGUACGCGUACGGGGCGCACGACGGGGCGGGGAGCGGGAUCUUCGAGGUGGCGCCGCGGGAGUGCCCCGGGUACGCCUUCCGGGAGGCGAUCCUGGUGGGGACGACGGAGCUGGCGCGGGCGGAGGUGCGGGCCCUCAUGGCGGACCUCGCCGCCGAGUUCCCCGGCGACGCGUACAACCUCGUCUCCCGCAACUGCAACCACUUCUGCGACGCCGCCUGCCGCCGCCUCGUCCGCGCGCGCAUCCCGCGCUGGAUCAACCGCCUCGCCAAGAUCGGGGUCGUCUUCACCUGCGUCAUCCCGGGAAACGGCCAGGCGGUGCGCCGCAAGGGGGAGCCCGCCGCCGCCGUCGGGAAGAAGGCCACCAUCCGCAGCCGCUCCGCGCGCCAGGCCGCGCAGGCCACCGCGCCGCCGCGUCCCAAGACGUUCUUCCGCUCCCUCUCCGUCGGCGGCGGCGGCAGCAGCAAGAACGUCACGCCGCGGCCGCUCUCAACCUCGCCGUCAUCCGCCGCCACGUAACCGCGCCCACCUUUUAAUCUUCCUGAUUACAGUUUUAUCUCAUCUUUUUGUAACUCAGUAAAAAAAAACUUUGUGCAUAAACUUAAGAUUAAAUUAAUCCGAGAUUUGCUAGUGCCA